GCGACUUGUGGCGUUGCCGUUCCAUCGCACACCAAUCUAGCGGCCGCGUGUUUUUCGUGGAUGCUGUUGCAGCCGGGAGGAAUAAUUCCUGAUGAAGGUGCAUGCAACGUAUGUUUACGUGUCACUCACGGCGGCACACCAACGUCCUGCUGCAUGAAGUGGUUUCCAGCGGGAAUGAGGGCACGGCAACCCACGAUAUUAUUCCAAUCCCACCGUGCGUAGCGGUCGGAAUAAAGUCCUCGCCCAUACGCUUAAUUUGUGCUCACAUACCCUCGGCUGGAACCCUGAAGAUUGGCAAAAUGCUCCUCGUGAUCGAGCUUCAUAAAUGGUCUUGCGAGUGAGUUGCAGUUCUCUCAACUUUUCUAGCCACAGGCGUACCGACAAGAAUAGCCCGCCAAUUUGCCAUUCUUCCACGUUGCAAGCCAGUCAGAUUGACCAUCUGCUUCUGUAUUCGCCACCGAACGACUUCAUUUCAACAUUACCAGAGCUUUAUCGGCACUCCAACAUUGCAUCGAAACAGAGGUUUGUGUCUUCGCGGACGCGGAGUCUACGCAAGUCCUUAAGGAAGAUCAUGUCUCGUUUUGCACAGAAUAGCUUGCCCAUGUGCUCACCAACCGCAUCUGCUGCGCAAGCGUAUGUAGCAGAAGAGUACGUAUACAUGGACCCGGCGGAAUUACCGGGAGAUCGGGAGCCUUGCGAGUUACCAGCAGACGCUAUUUCACUAGGUAGUGAUCAACAAAUGUGUCGACACGAAGGUGCGGAGCCUUAUGCAACGCCGGUAGAAGCGGUGGCUUGGCAGAGGCAUCUUCCCCUCGAUCAGGCUACUGGCGACCUUACCAAUGUCGGUCGUAUGAGAAACACCUCUCAUAUCUCUUCGCACCCUCUCGCGCCCAUCGAUACUUUCGUGGAUAUGGCGCGAACAUCACCUGUGCACAUGAACGCUCACUAUGUUUCUCCAAACAUGGAUCACCAUGACUACCGAGCAACAGAUAUAGCUAGCACCACAUUACUGAGACCUCCAACAACUCUCAGUCCUUCCUUUGAAACAUAUCCUUCAAUAUCUAUCUCGCCCCCAAGUUCCAUCAUAUCUGGUACCACGAACUACUGCAUUGCAAAGCCUGCUACACAUGGUAUGCAAACUGCGAACGGCCCUCUACAACACAACUCCGGACUCCAGAAUAGUCAGUACAGUAUGGACUCUCACGACCAGUAUUCUUACAACCAUUUUAUGUUUCAUGACAACGUUAUGAUCGCAGACCAUGCUCCGCUCGCCACAGCGGCCACUCGCUUGCAUCACCGUUUCUCUCAUAAUCCGGAGGUCUCCGAGCAGUCACCAUGGCUCUCAAACGCGCAGCGAAAUCUGUCAGCUUAUCAUGGAGUCCAGUAUGGAAUUAGUGACCCAAAUAGUGAAAUCUCUCCUUUUGCGCAAAGGAGACUUUUUGCUUCAGAACAGUACAUCGACGGCCUAUCGUCGCAUGUUCCAUUUGACUCUUACUAUGACGGACCUCAAUCGCAGCGCACAACAUACAACAAGUCCUUUUACCUCGACGAGGCCCUGCCAGCUUAUGAGGCGAGCAGCGUACCACUACGCGUGGAAGAGCAGACCGCUCGGCAAUCUCAAGCAACUCCCCGGCCUUACUAUCGGCAAAGCAAAGUCAAACGAACUGCAGUCACGGCUGCUCGCGCGAUUGUGAACAUACUCCCACUUUCAUGUAUCCACUGUGGCGAACUGUUCACCGGGAAGUAUCAGAAAGCAAACUGCCUUCGCCACAUCAACCUUUUCCAUGUCGAUGUGGAUCUUUCCGCGGCUGGCAUCGACGAUGGUAAAACCUGUCGAACCUGUCUCCAGCACUUCAGACGGCCAGAUGCCAGACGGAAACAUGAGUGGAAGCAGCAUAAGACUGAAGACUGCCGUCCUCACAAACGGCGCAUCGAGAAACGCGGUGGGGAGAAGAGGAUCUAUAUGCCACCUAUGCCAGACGAUGGCGGGAACAGUUAAUGAGAGGCGUUAUCUUGGUUGCAGGCGAAAUCCUCGCGGGUACUGUACUUGAAUUUUUAUUUCCUGAGAAGUAGACGUCAGG